AUCCUGGAGAGCGCCCAGCAGGGCCUGCUGAUUGGGCGAGGGGGCUAUAAGCCCAGAGACAUCUGUGUGUCUGCACCAACAGGCAGCGGCAAGACUCUGUCAUUUGUCAUCCCCAUCAUACAGGUGCUGAUGGACAGGGUGGUGUGUGAAGUCCGGGCUCUAGCCGUGUUGCCGACCAAAGAGCUCGCCCAGCAGGUUCACAGGGUGUUUGCAUCGUAUGCCGAGGGAACCACGGUCAAAGUGGUGAUGCUGGCAGGUCAGAAGUCCUUUGCUGCAGAACAGGCAUCACUGUCAGAACACAGGUGGAACAUGAGGCGUAGUCUAGCAGACAUUGUUGUGGCCACUCCAGGACGACUCAUUGACCACAUGACCAAGAAUUCAGGCUUAUGUUUGGAACAUCUGCGGUUUCUGGUGAUCGAUGAGGCGGACAGGAUGAUCGACAGCAUGCACCAGUCCUGGCUCAGUCAGGUGAUGGGAGCAGUGUACCGAUCCAGAGCUGAACCCGGGUCAGUGUUCAGAAGGACAGAAGCAGCGUGCAUCACAUCAGCCAGGUGUGUGUGUGUGUGUGUGUGUGUGUGUGUGUGUUAUCUACUGUGGGGUGAUUGAGAUGAUGUCAGUCUCAUUCUUGGCCACAGACUCAGGCCAGCAGAAGAAAAGCUUAAAGGUUACAGUUAAGUAAUA